GCUGGUAAAACUCAAACAACGCUUUCAGUUAGAGAGAAACGCGAAACAAGGUCAAACAAGGUGGGAAUAAAUCCGAGAAUAACGAGUUUUAGGUGGUAUCUAUCAUUACGUUGAUGUUUGGAAGGUACAGAGAUGUAGUUCGUUAAGGCGUUAACUGAACAGGUGCUACAGGAACUUUCCCACAGAGAGAUGAGUUAAACCUGGACAGCAUCGUGGUGAAGCUCCCUCAUACUGGAUUUUCCUCAGGGUUCAAAACACAUCCCAAGCUGACCCAUGUAAGGAAGGAGCCUGGAGGUCUCUUACACAUAACGACUACACACAAGGGCACUACAAUGGCAGCUUUCAGUGGCACCUGUGACUCUAAGGCGUGUCGGCCAUCCAGGCUCAGGCGAAAGGACACAAGAAGCAGGUCCAGUGUAUGUGCAAGUCCUCUGGAGAAGAGUGACUGUAGCACCGUGCUGGAGAAGAGUCAAGAAUUCUUUCAGAUCUGUGACACUGAGGACAAGGGCUUCGUUACUCGAUGGGACAUGCAGAGGCUGCUUGGAGAGUUGCCUUUCAGUGCUGAGGAGCUGGAGAAUGUGUUUGAUACACUGGAUGCUGAUGGAAACGGAUAUCUCACCCCAGAUGAGUUCUCCUCUGGCUUUAGUGAGUUCGUAUUUGGUCCUGCAGCAGCCACAGCAGCCACUCUACCACCUGUUCCAGAGCAUGCUGCAGAGUCAGUUUCACAUGAUAUGCUCUACCAGAGUGAUUGGGAGGACAAACUCAAUGUAAGCGAGGAUGAUGAGGAGAAACAUUUCAGCAUUCUGAUGGAGAACCUGGGAGCCAGCAACGUCUUCGAGGAUCCAAGAAUAGUGCGCAGUCUAUGGGCUCAGCUGCGCAGCGAUGAGCCUCGUCUGCUGUCUAACUUCGAGGAUUUCCUUGCCAGAGUCACUUACCAAAUUAAAGAAGCUAAUAAGGAGAAGAGCGAGAUGGAAACUGCUUUAAAAAGGAAAGCAGCUUCUCAUGAUGAUGAAAUCCAGCGUCUCUAUGAGGAAAUGGAGCAACAGAUCAAAAAUGAGAAAGACAGGAUUAUUUUACAAGAUUCUGAAAGGUUUUUAACUCGCAGUCAAGAUCUCGAGUACCAGCUUUCUAGCAAAGAGAAGGAACUUGAACUGCUUUCGAACAAACAGAAACGGUUAGAGCAGCAGUGUCGUGAGCUACACAGCGAGCAGAGGGAGACUGCAGUAGAAAAUGUGAAACUAAAACAGUACAAUGAUGAGCUGGCUCACGAGCUGGAGCACACCACUCAGGAGCUGGGUUUAGCACAAGAACAGCUCAUUCUGUUGCAGGAACAAGCCUCUCACCUACAGGAAGAGCGAGAGAUGGAGAUGUACAGAAUCACAGAGGGUUUGCAAAGAGAAAGAGCAAGUCUACUUAAGCAACUAGAUUUACUAAGGGAAAUGAACAAACAUUUGCGAGAUGAGCAGGAUAUGUGCUAUCAAAAACCGAAGAACUCAGCUGUAAAUGCAGCAAGGGCUCAAAGAUCUGGAUAUACAGAAAGGAAGCAAUCAUUUAAGAGUGAUGAUGAAGACGACAUACUGCCACAUUCUAAGAGGAAGAGUGCAGUAGGUGUAAAGGUGCCUAGUUUAGCUGUAGGGCAGGAGGAUCAAGAGGGAUUGCGUUCUCCUUCACACCAGCUUCAGAGGAUCAUCUCCAUCGAGGAAGAUCACCUCCCCCAGCUCCUGCAGAAGGAAUACCAGGCCGAGCUCAGGAACUGGAGCGAGGAAGAGGAAGACCUAGAAGAGGGAAUUGACCUCCGAAUGACCAGUAUCUUUCCUUCUACCAGCACACCAAUCUCACAGUGUCCUCCAGCAGAGAGCAGAUAUGCACACACUCCUACCUCACCCAGAGGGCAACCUGUGGGCAAGGAGACUGUUCAACUGGAGGAAAGAGCAAACUCAGGACCAGACCGCCUGUUUAAGAUUGUUCUGGUGGGAAACUCCAGUGUUGGCAAGACCUCUCUACUGCGCCGCUUCUGUGAUGACUGUUUCUACUCAGGAACCUCAGCGACUGUUGGUAUUGACUACAGUGUAAAGACACUUCUAGUGGAUCACAGCCAGGUAGCUCUGCAGAUGUGGGAUACAGCUGGGCAGGAAAGGUACCGGAGCAUCACGAAACAGUUUUUCCGCAAAGCAGAUGGCGUAGUUGUCAUGUAUGAUAUCGCUUGUGAAAAGACUUUUACAGCUGUGAGAUCAUGGCUGGCCAGUGUACAGGAAGGAGCAGGAGAUGACAUUCCUGUCAUGUUGCUGGGAAAUAAAAUGGAUCUGGAGGACCAGAGAGAGAUCCAGUUCAGUGUGGGAGAGAAACUGGCUAAAGAGGCUCGGCUGAUUUUCUUUGAGUGCAGCGCGUUUUCUGGCCAAAACGUGACCGAGUCCAUGGUGAGCUUGGCAAGGAUUCUAAAGGAACAAGAGGACAAAGUGAAAGAGAAAACUGUCUCUCUGGUUGAUACCCCUUCAAAGAAGAAGUCCUGCUGCUGAUCCUGACACACACACACACUCACACACACGCGCACACACACACACACACACACACACACUCUCUCUCUCAGUGUGCUCAGAGGCAGCUUAUUCACCUCCAUCUCCCUGGAUCUAUUGGUGCAGUAUGCUUUAUACAGUUUACACUCACUCUCUGCACCUGAUUUUUAGCAUCAUAGAACAUUUUUAGACAUAUUUCUGGUUGUUUUUAAAUUAUGACAAGGUAAUACAUGAGCAGUGUUAUGAUGACAGUGAAGAUUUGCACUAUACACUUUUGGUAGAUCACCUGUACAUAUAAAGAUAGGCUUGUCAUAUCCAAGGCGAGAUUAAGCUUUAUUAUGAUAUUUACAGAAACAUAUAUUAACUGUUGAGAAAAAAGAUGAAGGAAAUUUCAUAUUUAAUCUUUUGUUGUUUACAGUACAAGCGUUUACAUCUUUACAAAUUUUAAGUGCCAAAUUGGUAUUUAUUUGGCAGUGAAAUACAAAACAGCUUGCCUUCCUGUGAUGUAUGACUGAAGCAAGAUGUCAUAAUCAUCUAGAAGAGCAUAAAUGUAGUUGGUUUUACUGAACAAUCAUUUCUUUUAGAGGUUUUUUGAUAGGAAAGCUGCCCACUUUGUGAAUUCAAAACAUUUGUUCUGGGCAGCAGGGUUUGUGUUUGCAAGUUUGUUAUUUGUGUUAGUUGUCGUGCUUCUUUAAUACAUGGCCGAAAUCCACUAACUUUGCACAAGCAUUUUAGUGUAAUCAGUGUUGACACCACUGCCAAAUCUCAGUAGACGCUCAGAGCUGUUUAUACACAGCUAUUUUUUUUUUUACACAUUUAGUGCUCCUUGUGGUGCAGCUAUUGUCUGUUAUUCACAUACUUUUGGCUUCUCUAUCUGUCAAGGAUAAAUAUUUAACACCCUAGCACUUUGUGAGGAUCAAAAAAAGGGCUUUUUUUUAUUCUAGCCAAUAAAUCUCUCAGCCAUGAAACAAAUUGGGAUUAGGAUCUCAAUUUGUUCUGUCUAUUUCAUGAGCUUGGUUUCAUCAUCACUGUUCUGCGUGACAAAUGAAUAUGAUGCUAUCAGAUCAAGUCACGUCCCUCUGUGUGUGUGUGUGUGUGUGUGUGUUAACUUUAAAUGUUCAUACACACUUCCCACUUGUGGACCUGCACGUCCUCUGUAGUGUACCAUAUAUGUAUUUUCCUGCUUAAAACACAUGAAAGACUCGAUUAUUAAUUGACAAGACAAGCUGUUUACACUGUCCAUGAAGGGUAACACUGUUGUAAUAGAACUUUAUUGUAUAAUUAUUUUGAAGCGAUUGAAAUAAAAAUAAAA